AUGGAUGUGAAUAUCUCCUCGAUUCCUGUCCCCGAACAGGACGAUACGAUGCUGAUGGCCCAUCCUUAUAUCCGUCUGUUCUUCCUGGCCGCCUACAUUACCGUAUUUAUCACAUGUGUUUGCGGGAAUCUGGUAAUCUUGGUAGUAAUAAUUACGGACAAAUCGAUGAGGACCACGACCAAUUUCUUUUUGGCCAAUCUGGCGGUGGCCGAUCUCUUGGUUGGCAUUUUUUGCGUCUUCCAAAAUGCUGUUCAUUUUGUUUUAUUUGAGCAUGGAGCUUGGCCAUUUGGGAAAGGAAUGUGUCAUUCAUACAUUUACAUAUUGCAUAUGAUACCCAAUGCAAGUGCAGGGAUUUUGGUGAGUUCUUUGUUUGUUUUAAAAUUUGUGGAACAGAAGGGGAAUGUCGACAUCCAUGUUUUGCAUUUUCGGUGCAGAGCAGCUUUCGAUCUGGGUGCGUCAAAACAUCUGGACAUAAAUCGAUUCCUUAUAAUAACUUUUUUCGGGCGGCGUAUGAAACUUUUGUCUCUCUUAGCAAGGGUAAGAAGUCCACCCCACCAAAGCCAAACUUCCUUGCCCAGAGGCAGCAGAUAAAAAAACUUUUUCAAAGCCGACUGUCAGGCGUCCAGAAUAUUCGGGUGAGCCCUUUCGAGGGAUCGCUUAUUCCGGUGAUAAAAAAAUGCUGCACUGAUGGCUACUAAAUACGACAAAACAAUUUUAAAAUUUCGAAAUUUUUUGUAAUUCUUUUCAUUUUUAGGGGUUUCGACCAUGAGGAAUCCAAAAAUGAAAUCUGCUAACACAAUAAAAAAUUUGGAUUACUCCCAAAAUUUACAGUAAUUUUCAGUAUUACUUAUAAUUAUAACGACAAUAAUACAUUGUGCUAAAUGUAUUUUUUUCGCAAAGCAGAUUUCAUCUUUGGAGUCCUCAUGGUCGAAACCCCUAAAAUGCAAGAAAAUCUAAAUUUUUACAGGUCAUACAUAUUUAGUAGUCAUCAGCACAAUAUUUCCUUCAUCACCCGAGAAUUUGCCACCCCAGAAGAAGAUGCAUCACCCGAAUAUUCAAAGAAUCUAUGGUACCUAGAUAGCAGUACUAGGCACCAGAACAAAUUUCAGCACCUUCGAAACCCCUAAAUCGAGCAUUUAUGAAAAAAUUCUAAAAAUUACUAUUUUACCGUACUACUUAAGGAAAAAAGUCACAAUCAAAAAAUGAAUGUCAUUCUCGAAAUCAACACCCUCGAUUAUCCUAAUUUCGACAUUUGCAUCGAUGAAAAAUAAUAAAAAUAAUACUUUUCGGUCUCCCCAAUCGUCCCAGUUCUUACCCGUUUGCACAAUCACGACUUUACUCUUGUACCGUUACCGCCCGUAAAUUGUCCAGAUCUUUUUUACGCACCCCGUAGAAACUAAUUGCGAGUCGCUUUCGGAAAAGUGUGUCCCGGGAAUCAGGAGAUGAGAUUCAAAUUCAAUUUAUUUUCAAACUCGGUCAAAACAAGAAGCUUUGGAUGUGUUUAAAGAUGUGUUUAAUUGAAGUGUUGAUCUCUCAGAUUACAGUAAUGUUUAUGGCAAGACUUUAGAGCCCUUAAAGUUCAAGAAUCCAAACACUUUAGGCCACUUGCACUUUCUGUUUAUUUUUUACAACAUCUUCUUUUACAGGUUCUCUUAUCCAUCGAGAGGUUUAUUGCAGUGAUCAGACCCAUGCUCGUUCAUCAUCUAUUUACAAAAGGGGUCCUUGUUUUAAGUGCUAUUCUUGUAUGGUUAUUCUCGGCUCUGAUGAAUCUACCAUAUCUGAUCGCUGUCCAAUACAUAGAACUUCAGAAUCGGGUAACUGGAGAGUCUUAUGCGAUUUGCACUCGAAGAUUCUUGAAAAUACAAGACAUUGAUGUCUUAAAAGUGGUAACAACGAUGAAUUUGUUGAUCUGGUAUGUGGUGCCAUUGAUGAUUUUGCUGGUAAUCUACAUAACAAUCGGGUUUGUUUUAAUGAGGACAACGGAAGACGAUUCUGUGGCGAGAAGUAGUCAGAACAAAUCCGUCAAGAGCUGUAAGGUUUUUGAUUUUCUCGGACCGAAAAAGAUUUUUCUUCAACCGUCUCUCCUCAUUUCCUAUAAUGUCUCGCUUUCAAAGGUUUCACAGAGUUAAGGUUAAUUUUUGCGUGCCCCCAUAAAUAGCGCAGAUGGAACACACGUGACAAAUUUAUAAGAAAUUCGAGAAUCGAAUCUCGGCAACAUUUCUACACAUUUUUUCCUAAUUAGAUUACCGUCUAAACUAAUUAUACAUAUUAAUUUUAUGUUUACCCAAACAAAUUGAAUUUACAUUAUACCGUUAAUCCUUCAGCGAAUAGCGGCACCUCGCGCAAAUUGCCCCGUCUGGAGGCCGUAGACAGUCGGAAGAAGGUAAUCCGUCUGGUUGUUGUCAUCGUGCUGUCCUUUGCACUGCUAUCCCUCCCUCGUUAUCUGUACCUCAGCUGGUCCGUUUUUCGUGCUAAAAAUGGUAAGUGCGUGACAGUUAAGGCCCUAAGGGCAUUCAUCUUUUGAGCCCGAGAUUUGUGUUUUCAGCGCCCCGAUGCCUGAAUUGUUUGGCGGUUCUGAUUCAGCCGUUGACCUUCCUGUCGUUGUUUGUCAACAGCGGCGUUAACCCUAUUCUGUAUGCCUUCUUGUCGCAGCGAUUCCGGUCUGCCAUCGCCAACAUGUUCCUCUGUUCCAAGGCGAAAGUAGGUUGGAAUCCAAAAGCAUUACUUACACGGCUCACGCCCAGUAAACAAACAAUCAAUUAACCAAUUGUUUUAGCGGAAGACCCGGCUCUAUCUAAAACAACUCCGUCCGCCGACUCAAUCUACAGAUCCCAUGGCCACAGUAGAGUACAGUAAUGUUGCGUAUCAUGUCCGGAAUAAGGAAGAGUACCCGAUGAGUCAGAUCUCGAGCAGAUCUGCUCAGUCUCGACCUCUUCUUAUUGAUCAGUGA